AUGUUCGUAUACUUAGCAAAAUCAGUCGAUAAUACUGCAAUAGAUAGGCCAAAGUUCGAUUUCGACCUGAACGAGCCUGCCUCUUCGGCGGAGAGCGAGCCAGAGGACAGCAGAUCAUCUGAAAAGCAUAAGAAUGGAGAAGUUGAACAAGGGUUAGGUCAUGAUAAAUUACCAUUGCAGUGGAAUCGAGAGUAUGCUAAACAAAGAUCUAAUCGUAAACCUAUCUCAGAUAUCGGCCGCCUUACAAAUGUACACUCUGAACAGAUAAAAGUCCGACCUAAACGUAAAAGGGAUUAUUCUCACUUACCUGAGGAACAAAAAGAACGAUACAGGAAACAAAAACGUGAAGCAUAUGCAGCGAAGAGUAAAAAAGAAAGGGCGGCAAUUGGUAAAAAGAACUUUAAGAAUUUUCAAGAUCGACUUGCCAGAAUGACACCCGAACAACGUAAAGCACAUGACGUAAAACAGCUCCAAUGGGAACAAAAUUACCUGGCAAGAAGACGAACUCUUUGGCGCAUUAGAUGGCAUAAGAAAAAAGCCAACGUGAAAAAGGGCAAAGCAGUAUCUGACAGCAGCAAAGCUUCUAAAAUGCAAUUUGCAUGGGACUUGAAUAAAUCUCCGCCUCCAGAGGAGGAUUCUGAUCAAGGUGAACCUUCGCAAUUGGGUAAUCUAGCACACUCGCCCGCGCCGUCCCUGAGACCUGCAUCCUUGGGUAUCACUCGAAGGAGAAGAAGUGACUUUGCUCGAAAGAAACGCAAGAAUUUCGGAAAUAUUCCAAAUAUAGAAAAAGGGGAAGAGUGUAUACAUUCACCAUAUUGUGAACAUUGGAAAACAUUGACGAAACCUCAAAAGCACGUCAUUAGUAAUCGAAUAUAUCGAGAAAACAAUCCAUACGUAAAGGAAAAAGCGAAAAAACAAAAGAAAGAAAAGUAUAAACGGUAUACAAAAGCUGAAAGACAAGCAAUGUCACAAAUCUCAAAGGCGAGAAGAAAGAAUAGAUUAGCCGCAAUGGAUGAUCAAGAACGUUUGGAAUACAAUGAACGUCGGAAUAAAUGGCAAAGAGAAUUCUACAUGAAAAAGAAGCUCUCCAUCUCUUACGCUCUGUACAUAAUGGAAGACGAGCAUUAUCAUCAAUUUGUUGUUUUUAUGCGCUUGUUCGUUGUUACAACUUCAGUCAUUGUCCUUUUAUUAAUCGUUCCUUGUUUCGCUUCUGCGAUCAAAGCAGAUAUCGAUUUAUCAGAAGAACAAAGAAACGUGAUUGCAACAAUGCCAGAUAGAUAA